UUUAAGGGGAGUAGAUAUUAUUUUGAAGGAUAGAGAAAUGGGUUUGCUUCGUUGCCCACGUUCCUAGACAUUUCAUCAACUUGCGUCUCUCUCUCUCUCUCUCUUACACGCAACGUUGGUUGCUUGUGCUUAUGUAAGCCACAACAAACAAAUAAAAUACGAUAAAGAAUUGCGGCUCAUUUGUUUUGAGCAUUCCAAGGAUUUAUAUUUUUUAAUCUAACUUUACUUAUCCAUAAAUUAAUUCCAUCCUCCAUCAAUUUAGAAGCAGAGAGUGAGAGAGAAUUGAAGAGAGAUUAUCAUCACAGCUAUGGGUUCCGCAGAGGACGAUUCAUCGCUUUUGGAACAAGCUCUUAUUCAGGAUGAAGAGAGUAAGCGAUACACAGGAGAUGGCUCGGUUGACUUUAAAGGGAGACCUGUGCUUAAGCAGAACACUGGCAAUUGGAAAGCUUGCCCAUUUAUCCUAGGCAAUGAGUGCUGUGAACGUUUGGCAUACUACGGCAUUGCAACAAAUCUUGUUACCUAUCUUACUCGCAAGCUACAUGAAGGAAAUGUCUCUGCAGCAAGAAAUGUCACAACCUGGCAAGGCACUUGUUACCUUGCACCUCUCAUUGGAGCAGUUCUAGCAGAUUCUUACUGGGGACGAUACUGGACAAUUGCUUCUUUCUCCACAAUUUAUUUCCUUGGAAUGUGUACAUUGACUCUUUCUGCAUCAGUGCCAGCAUUGAAGCCUGCUGAGUGUUUGGGGACUGUAUGCCCUCCAGCUACUCCUGCACAAUAUGCUGUGUUCUUCAUUGGUCUCUACCUGAUUGCACUUGGGACUGGUGGUAUUAAGCCAUGUGUUUCAUCUUUUGGAGCAGAUCAGUUUGAUGAUACUGAUUCCCAGGAAAGGAUUAAGAAGGGGUCAUUUUUCAACUGGUUUUACUUUUCUAUCAACAUAGGAGCCCUUGUAUCAAGCAGUUUUAUUGUGUGGAUUCAAGAAAAUGCAGGGUGGGGUCUUGGAUUUGGCAUUCCUGCUUUAUUUAUGGGAUUAGCUAUCGGAAGCUUCUUUUUAGGUACACCACUCUAUAGGUUUCAAAAACCAGGGGGAAGCCCUCUUACAAGAAUGUGCCAGGUUGUGGCAGCAUCUUUUCGGAAGCGGAAUCUGGCUGUCCCUGAGGAUAGUAGUCUCCUGUACGAGACACCAGACAAAAGCUCUGCAAUUGAAGGAAGUCGGAAACUAGAGCAUAGUGAUGAACUAAGGUGUCUUGACAGAGCAGCUGUAGUCUCUGACGCUGAGAGGAAAAGUGGUGACUAUUCUAACCUUUGGAGACUUUGCACUGUGACACAGGUGGAGGAGUUGAAAAUCUUGAUUCGCAUGUUUCCAGUUUGGGCGACUGGCAUAAUUUUUUCUGCUGUCUACGCCCAGAUGUCAACAAUGUUUGUGGAACAAGGAACUAUGAUGAACACCCAGAUUGGUUCUUUCAAAAUACCACCAGCUUCUCUCUCAACUUUUGAUGUAAUUAGUGUUAUUUUCUGGGUCCCUGUCUAUGACAAGGUUAUAGUUCCAAUUGCUAGGAAAUUUACUGGCAAAGAAAGGGGAUUUUCUGAGCUGCAAAGAAUGGGAAUUGGCCUUUUUAUUUCAGUUCUGUGCAUGUCAGCAGCUGCUGUUCUGGAGAUUAAGCGUCUGCAGCUUGCAAAAGAGCUUGGACUUGUUGAUGAACCAGUCCCUGUACCUCUUACUAUACUUUUGCAAAUCCCUCAGUAUUUCUUACUGGGAGCAGCAGAAGUAUUCACAUUCGUGGGGCAGCUCGAGUUCUUUUAUGACCAAUCUCCAGAUGCCAUGCGGAGUUUAUGCAGUGCUUUGUCACUUCUGACAACUUCGCUCGGGAAUUACUUGAGUUCUUUCAUUCUCACAAUGGUAACUUACUUCACUACACAAGGAGGAAAUCCUGGAUGGAUUCCUGAUAACUUGAACAAAGGUCGUCUGGAUAACUUUUUCUGGCUUUUAGCUGGACUCAGCUUCUUAAAUAUGUUGUUGUACAUAGUUGCUGCCAAAAGAUACAAGCAAAAAAAGGCUUCUUAA